CAUUCCUCUGGCAGCGCGAAGUGAGGUGUGAACGAUUUGGCGGGUCCGCCUCUCCUUCGGCAUGGCGGCUCUAUAAAGCGGUACAGCGGCAACACGCAGCAGUGCGCAGCACUGGGCAGAAGUGCACACUUUCAAAAUGGCGUUCCACAAUGGGCUUCUCAGCUUUGCUGUAGUCGACAGCAUAGAAACACUCGACUUGAAGACUGUGUUUUCCCUCGAAGAGUAUCUCAAAGUACAGAAAGAUGUCAGUUUGGUCAGAUUCUCCAUUCUCAUCCCUGAUGGAGGACUGUAUGUCCUACCUCGAUUCGCCGUUUCUGAUGGCUGACGGGGACCCGUGUCUCCUGCACGUAGACUCGGAGGCCGGGCCGGUGAAGUCUUGCCUCAGACCUCACCAGUUUGGUGGCAAUGAGGAAAGUGAAGUGUCCUCCCAGUGUCCAUGUAUUGACCCUUUGGACACAAAUAAUGUGGAAGAUGCAUUCACCGGCUUGGACUGGAUGGUAGAGAAGGUGGAUUUCUUUGACACCCUGAAUGAAGAUGAAAAUGGUUGUCACUCCCCAGAAGAUCUGCUGGCUGUCUUGAACAGUUGUGACCUUUUGGAAGAACUGCCUUUUGAACCCUUGCCAGCCAAACAGGUAGUUGAUCUUGGCCUGAGCCUUGAUCUUGGGUCAUUCCCAAAUUCACCUAAAGGGUUAGAUCAGCUGGCUCCUGGUACCCCUACAGUUGUCCCAGAAUCCAUAUUCUUCCCUGAUAACUCAUUCCACUUAGAAGUAGAAAAGGUAAUUGAUAGCUCAGAUGUUGAGGAAAAGCCAGAUGUGGCUUUGUUUCAAUCAUCCACGCUGCAGGAUUCCUGCAAAGAAAUGGAUGAAGGGCCAAUAUUAGAUUCUGACAGUGGACUUGGUUCUAGUCCUCCUCACUCCCCUGUUGAGUCUUUAGAUAGAAGUGUGUCAGAGAGAUCACCUGAAGCCAGGUCCUUGCUCAAUGACUUCAGCCCUGUAAGGUCAAAACCAUAUGAUCGUCCUGGUACAGAAACUGUAGGGAGUUCACCAAAAGUAAAGGGCAAUUGUAUGGAGCCGAAGAGUAUGGAGAAAAAAUUGAAGAAGAUGGAGCAGAACAAGAGUGCGGCAACACGGUACAGACAGAAGAAGCGGGCAGAGCAGGGCGCUAUAGUUGCUGAGUGUAGCCUACUGGAGGAGAAAAAUAAAACCUUACAGGAAAAAGCAGAUUCAUUGACUAAAGAAAUCCAGUAUUUAAAGGGCUUGAUAGAAGAAGUCAGGAAAGCUAAAAGUAAAAGUAUAAAAAGCUUGUAAUAUGGCAUUAAUGGUUUAGUUUUGUACAUAAGUGUAGUGUUCGCUAAAUGUAAUUUUUUAAUAAAAUUUGAAACUGG